GCGCUGGGAGGUGUGCUCCGGUCCCUAGCCGCUGGGGCAUGGGGGGUCCCGCGGGGCCCCCGCGCCUCCUCCACGCCCCACACCCUCUCCUCUGCCUGCUCUGCCUCCUCCUGCCGCUGCUCGAAGCAGCUGGGUCCAGCCAGGCAUCCAGAGAGCAGCCCCUGUGGGCCCUGCUGGAGCAGUACUGCCAUGCGGUCACGACCCUCGCCAACAUCUCAGGUCCCUACUCCUACUGCAACACGACUUUGGACCAGAUCGGGACGUGCUGGCCUCGGAGCGCGGCCGGAGCCCUGGUGGAGAGGCCGUGCCCCGAGUAUUUCAACGGCGUCAAGUACAACACGACCCGGAAUGCCUACAGAGAGUGCUUGGAGAAUGGGACGUGGGCCUCACGGAUCAACUACUCACAGUGUGAGCCCAUUUUUGAUGACAAGCAGAGGAAGUAUGACCUGCACUACCGUGUCGCUCUCGUUGUCAACUACCUGGGCCACUGCGUUUCUGUGGCGGCCCUUGUGGCCGCCUUCCUGCUUUUCCUGGCCCUGCGGAGCAUCCGCUGUCUGCGGAACGUGAUUCACUGGAACCUCAUCACCACCUUUAUCCUGCGAAAUGUCAUGUGGUUCCUGCUGCAGCUCAUCGACCACGAAGUGCAUGAGAGCAACGAGGUCUGGUGCCGCUGCAUCACCACCAUCUUCAACUACUUCGUGGUGACCAACUUCUUCUGGAUGUUCGUCGAGGGCUGCUACCUGCACACGGCCAUCGUCAUGACCUACUCCACCGAGUGUCUGCGGAAGUGGCUCUUCCUCUUCAUCGGAUGGUGCAUCCCCUGCCCCAUCAUCAUCGCCUGGGCUGUUGGGAAACUCUACUAUGAGAACGAACAGUGCUGGUUUGGCAAGGAGCCCGGUGAUCUGGUGGACUACAUCUACCAGGGCCCCAUCAUCCUUGUGCUCCUGAUCAACUUUGUAUUUCUGUUCAACAUCGUCAGGAUCCUCAUGACGAAAUUACGAGCCUCCACCACGUCAGAGACGAUCCAGUACAGGAAGGCAGUGAAGGCCACUCUGGUUCUCCUGCCCCUCCUGGGCAUCACCUACAUGCUCUUCUUCAUCAACCCUGGGGAGGACGACCUGUCGCAGAUCGUGUUCAUCUAUUUCAACUCCUUCCUGCAGUCUUUCCAGGGUUUCUUUGUGUCUGUCUUCUACUGCUUCUUCAAUGGAGAGGUGCGUUCGGCCGUGAGGAAGAGGUGGCACCGCUGGCAGGACCAUCACUCCCUCCGAGUCCCUGUGGCCCGGGCCAUGUCCAUCCCCACGUCGCCCACGCGGAUCAGCUUCCACAGCAUCAAGCAGACGGCUGCUGUAUGACCCCUCAGUCGCCCACCUCACCCAUCGCUCCAUCGGGACAGCUUCCCCAUCCUCCUUCACUGCCUUGCUCUGGGUUCUCCUUGCCACGCAGGCCCUGGUGGGGGCAGGAGGGAAGAGAGAGACCGGCUCCCCAGCCUGGCAGGAGAGAGGCUGUGCAGCAGCGCGAGGCGACGCCAAGGAACCAGGGCCAGCUGAGCCCAAAGUCUCAGUGCGAGAGGGGGCAGAGAGCUAGAUCCUCACUGUAGCCCC